AUGGAAAGGCUGUUAUGGGGUGUCCUGCUGGUAGGAAGCCUAGUGAAUGUGGCCCAAAUGUGCCCCUUCCACUGCACCUGUCAAAACCUCUCUGAGUCCCUCAGCACUCUCUGCGCCAACAAGGGGCUCCUCUAUGUUCCACCCAACAUUGAUCGCAGAACUGUUGAGCUCCGCUUGGCUGAUAACUUCAUUAGGGUGGUGGAACAGGAAGAUUUCCUUAAUAUGACAGGGUUGGUGGACCUCACUUUGUCUAGGAAUACUAUCGAUAACAUUCAGCCUUAUGCUUUUGGAGAUCUGGAAAGCCUGAGAUCUCUACAUUUGGAUGGGAACCGUAUGACAGCCAUUCACGAGGAGGCCUUGAAGGGGAUGCUGAACCUCCAGCAUCUCAUAAUCAACAACAACCAACUGGUAACAAUACCAGUGGCCACUUUUGAUGACUUUCUUCUCACUCUAGAGGAUCUAGAUUUAUCCUAUAAUAACCUUAUUAGUGUACCUUGGGAAGCCAUACAGAACAUGGUGAGCCUUCAUACCCUCAACCUAGACCAUAAUCUUAUUGACUAUGUAAUGGAGGGCACCUUCUCUGAGAUGUAUAAACUCUCUAGACUAGACAUGACAUCUAACAGGUUACAUACACUACCUCCUGAUCCUCUUUUUGUCCGAUCCCAGACUGGAGUGGUGAGUCCUACCCCAUAUACAUCUACAAUUGUGCUCAACUUUGGAGGGAACCCAUUUCACUGCAAUUGUGAGCUACUAUGGCUACGCAGGCUUGUGAGAGAAGAUGAUAUGGAAACGUGUGCUUCCCCAUCACAGCUGGCUGGACGCUAUUUCUGGUCUAUACCAGAAGAGGAAUUCACCUGUGAGCCUCCACUUAUUACUCGACACACACAUCAGCUUUGGGUACUUGAAGGACAGAGAGCAACUCUGAAGUGCCGUGCUAUUGGGGACCCAGAGCCGGUCAUCCACUGGGUUUCCCCAGAGGAUAAAAUCAUGACAAACUCCUCUAGAACAGCAUCCUAUAGAAAUGGCACACUGGAUAUAUUUGUAACUACAGUACGGGACGAUGGUGCCUAUACUUGCAUAGCCAUCAAUGCUGCUGGAGAAUCCACAGCUCGGGUGGACUUGAAGAUGAUCCCUUUACCACAUCGCAACAACGGAACUGUCAGUGUGCCAAGGCAGGGCCCUGGGUCUUCUGACAUCACCACUUCAUCUAGGACUUCAGCCAAUGCCACUGAGGAGAAGAAGUCACCUGAAAGUGUAGUUGUGGUCUCAGAGGUGACAUCAUCUUCUGCCUUGAUUCGAUGGUUCAUGAACAGGUCGGCAUAUAUAGUGUGGAUGUACCAAAUUCAGUACAACUGCUCAGUCGAUGAGACACUUGUAUACAGGAUCUUGCCAUCGACAACCAAGCACUUUACUUUGAAGCACCUAGUGUCGGGGGUCGACUACGACCUUUGCAUCCUGGCUAUUUUUGAUGAUGCAGCAACCUCUUUGGCAGCUACUAAAUCUUUGGGGUGUGUCCAGUUCUCUACAGGAGAAAACUAUCCAGACUGUCUGUCACUGCACGCUCAUUUUUUUGGGGGGACUUUAACUAUAAUAGUAGGAGGAGUGAUCGUAGUCACACUGUUGGUCUUUACCGUGGUCAUGAUGGUGAAAUAUAAGGUGUGUAGCAGUGCCCGCUCCGACAUUCCUAAGGUGACCAAUGUAUACUCACAGACCAAUGGAAACCAGUUUGUGCCAAAUGGUAUGUUUCUGCAACGUAGGCUAAACAAUGAUACAGCCAAAGCCAGCUGCUCAGAAGUAGCUCGUAGAGAGGAUUCUGGCAGGGUGGUACAUGGUGUAAAACCUCAACGUAGAAAGGUCAGACACAGAGAUGGGUCAGAGAAAGAGGAUACCAGGAGCAUUAAGGCUUCAGAAGUGGAAGAUUCAUUAAGUAGGUCAAGCCCUGAGGAUUCUGGAAGUUUUGGAAUUCUCAAGAAAAAGCGUAGCUGCUCUGUGGACAUGGGAGAAAUGUCAACCACCACAUGUUACAGUUAUGCCAAGCGCUUGAGUGUUAUAUGGACCAAAAGGAGUCAGUCAGUCCAUGGAAUGCUCUCAAACUGUGGGGUUGAGGUUCCUAAGCAAGUUUUGUUUUGUGGUCCAGAAGAACUUGAAGAAAGUGUGGUCUAGCAGAUGUUUUACUUGCACAGCUUUAAUGGCACAAUUCCUACGGUGUGGGAUAUGGUGGUAAUACCUUAAAUUCUUCAUGAUCAACACCAUAA